UCUUCCUCACGUCGCAAAAGGGCAACAGUUGUACACACUGUAGAGAUUGCCAUGGUUGUAGACUUCGCUGAUUACAGCAAGUGGGUUUCGAUUGAGGGACUUGCCAAUGCAAUACCAGCGAUGCGGGUUUGGUACACUUACGUUGCCCAAAUGAUUUACAUCCGUUAUCAAUCAAUUGUUGAUCCUGCCAUACAGAUCAGGACAACUGUGACGAUUCUCAAAAUAUUAACGAGCAUCAAUGACGACGCCUUUAUCAGAAAUUUAACAGAUGUUAACGGGGUGUUUGACCAGACCAAGGGACUGAACUCUUUCUCAGCCUGGUGCCAGAAACAGAGCGACAUUCCAGCCAGUGACCACUACAUGUUGUUUACUGGGUUCGACAUCGCCUACGUCACAGGUGUUGCGUUCUUAAGUCGGGUCUGUACCAGUCAAGGUGUGUCAUUAUGUGAAAACACCUUUGAUGGGGGAAUUGGUAUACUGGCGUCUCAUGAACUAGGACAUAGCCUGUCUGCGUCACACGACGCUGACACCAACGCUGUUUGUACUGACGCCGACAUGUUCAUCAUGGCCACGACGUACACGUCCAGAAUUCCCGCAGCUCAAGAAGGCAAUUCCUGGAAAUUCUCCAGUUGUUCCAUCAACUCUUUUAAGACUUACCUCAGCGGGAAAACGUGCACAUUACCAGAAUACACGUCAUCAAACGAUGUCCUACCAAGUCCUGGACCCGGUCAAAGGGCAGGAGAGGUCUUUAGCCGAGACAAACAAUGUCAACGUGCCAUGAGAAACUCAACCAGCACCUACUGUCCUAAUCACCAGGAACAGUAUGGCGGGGAGGCUGCUAUAUGUCGCGGUAUGUUGUGCAGCAUACCAUCCAAUCCAGGCUCCUGCCAGUAUGUCUUACCUUUAGAGUAUACACCUUGUGGCACUGACAAGUGGUGCUUGAAUGGAUACUGUGUGAACAAAAAUCAAACAAGUACGACCAUCACAACAACUACACCUACAACACCUACAACAACUACAACACGUAGCACAACGACAACACCUACAACAACUACAACACGUAGCACAACAACAACACCUACAACAACAACACCUAUAACAACUACAACAACAACACCUACAACAACUACAACACGUAGCACAACAACAACACCUACAACAACUACAACACGUAGCACAACAACAACACCUACAACAACAACACCUACAACUACAACAACAACAACACCUACAACAACUACAACACGUAGCACAACAACAACAACAACACCUACAACAACUACAACACGUAGCGCAACAACAACACCUACAACAACUACAACACGUAGCACAACAACAACACCUACAACAACAACACCUACAACUACAACAACAACAACACCUACAACAACUACAACACGUAGCACAACAACAACAACACCUACAACAACAACUCCUACAACAACAACACCUACAACAACUACAACACGUAGCACAACGACAACACCUACAACAACAACACCUACAACAACAACAACACCUACAACAACAACACCUACAACAACUACAACACGUAGCACAACGACAACACCUACAACAACAACAACACGUAGCACAACAACAACACCUACAACAACAACACCUACAACAACUACAACACGAAGCACAACAACAACACCUACAACAACUACACCUUCAACACGUAGCACAACGUCACCGACACCGAAACCCACAAUCAGUACAACACGUAUAUCAACAACACCAACAUCAUCAUUGCCUACUACAACACCAGCACCUACAACAACUACACAUACACCAACGAAAGCUUUAAUACCUUCAUGGACCCGACUAGACCAAUGUGCUAUAUUUGCUUUUAGACACGACAUGGAUGGCUGGCUCUACUGCAAAAGCGUUGUUGUCCAAUACGAAGAAGAACAGCGGCGUAUCCUGUGGGAGGUAGCUAAGAAUAACCUGGACAAGCGAACAGCUGACAGAAAAAACAUGGACGAGAUUUUGAAGUCUGUCGGCGAUCAGCUGACCGACAUGCCAGCUUCAAAACUCGCUCUGGCGCUGAAAACGUUCGUUGAAAAAUGUUAGUCGUU